AUGUCUGAAGUGAAUAAUUCGGGAGUUGCAAGAAACGAAUCACUUUCGGUAGAAGAAACAAAUAAGUUACGGAUAUCAUUAGGUCUGAAACCUAUCCCAAUCCCAACAAAAAACAACUUAGUUUCCAAAGAUAUAGGAUUAGAAACACGACUUGAAGCAGUAAAGAAGGAGAACGAAUCUGUUGAUGGAAAACCACAUUUCAUAGCAAAUGAUAAAAUUAACUUAUUGAGGCGUAGAUUAACGAACAUUAAGAACAAUAUUGGGAAAGUAACUUUAUUAGAUGAACAAGAAAGGAAAACUGACCCAACAGGUGAUGAAGACUGGUUACCAAAAAUUGGGCAGCGUAAGAAGUCAGGUGGUGCAGCACUAAAAAAGAAGCAAAGAGUUGCCCUAAGUUACGAACAUGAAGAAGAAGAUGAUGAAUCUGGUGCAAAUUUCCCAAUCAUGAAACUAGCUCAUAAUAUUAGUGAUAUAAAAGCAGGGAAAGAUAUCAUCUUGACCUUAAAAGAAAGUAAUAUACUUGACGAUGAUGAUAGGGGAAGUGAGGAUGAAGCCGGUGAUAUGUUAGAGAAUGAAUCCCUGAGGCAAGAAAAGGAGGAUCUUAAAAAUCUUGAAUUGCGGCAAAUGAACAAAGAAAGGAGAAGGAAGAAGAUAGCAUUAACUAUUGGUAGUAGAGCGAUUGAAGAUGAUGAAAUGAACCAAAAGGACAUAGAAGGUAAGUCGACAUUGGUGAUUGGAGCCAAAAAUAACAUCAACUCUGAGAAACCAAUUUCUUUCACGAAUUCUAGCAAUAAAUUGAAAGUUGUCCUACCUAGUGAUGAGGAGGAGUCUGAUAUCGGAGAUUUCAAGCCUGCGAAAAUAAGGAAAAGAAGUAAAAAGCAAGAUAGCAAAAUAUUGAAUAAAAGGAAAAAGAUAUCAAUACAUCACGCCAUCAAGAAUGUUGAGCUUACAGAUGAAGAAGAGAAUGAUAAUUCUUUAGAUUCGCUUGAUACUCUAGCACCAACAUUGAAAAAAGGGAAAAGUAAAUCGGAAACAGCAGAUUUAUCAUCGAGAAAAAUAACACCGGAAGAUAUAGCAUUACAAAUACGGAAGGAGAAGUUCGAAGAGGAAGAACGUUCCAAAGGAAUUGAUAGGUUAAGGAAGGCAGCGGCAAGUCCGCGUAUUGUUAUUGAUGAAAGUACAGUAUUUUUAGAAUCUUUAGGUUCUACUUUACCAACUACCACUGAGACAGACACUAUACCCAAGUCACAUAUUGAGAAAACGUCUAAUGAACUAGUUAGGCGUGAUGAGAAUGCGGAAAUAAGUGCUGAAGGCAAUGAGAACAAUUUUGUGGUCCAAGAACCAAACUUUACUGAUGGAUUAGCGUCAACUUUACAGUUUCUUCAAACCCGUGGUGUUUUCGAAGAUAUCAAAGCUAAGGAUAAUCAUUCCAGCAGUUCAAAUAAAGUAGAUGAUCAGACACUAAAAGUUAGAAGGUCUAUGACAGUUGAGGAAGUGCAUCAAUCAAUUGAAGAAACUGUUAAAAAAAAUAAACAAAAAUAUCCAGCAAGAGGACUGGAACGUGAUGCGUUACAAGAUUAUAAUCCAUCGAUAUCAUUAAUUUACAAGGACAAGGAGGGCAAUGAACUGACAACUAAAGAAGCUUACAAAAGAUUAUCGCAGAAAUUUCAUGGAACGAAGAGUAACGAGAAAAAAUUAGCCAAAGCAAGAGAGAAAAUAAAGGCACGGAAUAGACAGAAUAAUGCAAAUAAUACAUUUGGGUUUAUAUAA